GGGCUUCCGGGUGGCGAAACCGUUCUCCGGACGUAUCAGGUAGAUAGGCGACCCCUCUGCCCGCCCGCCUCACCACGCCGCAUACGAUCAAUCAACUACGACUUUCCUCUCCACACUGUACGCAAUGGCAGGCACCACCAACGACUUCCAGAAUGGUGCGCCCUUCUACCUCGACGCCACACAGCAAGACCUCCUGCUUGCCGCCCUCGCUUCCAACAACCAGAACACAAACGACCUCUUCUCCACCGGCCUUGACAGCGGCGCCAACGACAAGCAGGCCAUGAACAAUUCGCAGUACCAGUAUUCCCUCGACAGCCUCGAUCCCGCAUACUUCACAUCUCCGCAACAGUCUGUACACGCAAAUAGCUUCAACAACGCUGGUGUAGACGAGAGCCCCUUCAUCGACUACCUUGACGACAACAACCUCGACUACGACAAUGCCGAUGGUGACAUGAUCGGCUCGCUCCCUGGCGACACUCCUGGCGAUUCGAGCGAGAAGCGUAAGAGCCCGGGCGAUGAGGACGCCGACGAUGACGAGGGCGGCGGCAAGCGUAGAGAAGGCGAAGACAAGCAAGCCAAGAAGCCAGGCCGUAAGCCCUUGACGUCUGAGCCCACAACCAAGCGCAAGGCUCAGAAUCGCGCCGCCCAACGAGCGUUCCGCGAGCGCAAAGAGAAGCACCUGAAGGAUUUGGAGACCAAGGUACAGGAACUCGAAAAGGCGUCUGAUGCUACAAACCAGGAGAACGGUCUUUUGCGCGCCCAAGUGCAGCGGCUGCAGAUGGAGCUCCGAGAGUACAGGAAACGCUUGUCGCUGAACAGCACAGGAGUUAACCGCGCCCCACCUCUUACCGCCGGCUUCAGCUCCAUGUUGAGCAAUAACAGCAAUAACAAUAACUUCUCCUUUGAGUUUCCACGAUUCGGUGGCCUGCCAGGCACACAACUGCUCGACAAUGGCCUCUUGGCGAAGAAUAAGAGCGCAUCCGUCCCAACUGCUUCCGUUCGACAAAACAGCACUGGACGGAUCAGUCCAACCAACAAAGCCAAUGGCUCGCUUACUGCAUCACCAGCUCCAAUGGGUCCCACACAUAGCGCACAGCGUUCAGGUAGUCUGAACGGCUUCUUUGGUUUCAACAACGGCGCACCAAACAAGGACAAUACCCGCAGCAACACCGGCAGCUCGGUUGCAUCACAGUCGCGUGUAUUCCAGUUCAACAGCAGCUCAUCCAGCCAAUCAGAUUCACCCUCCACUUCUUCCACAUCGCCCAACCAAGAUUCGUCUUGCGGAACAUCGCCAGAACCAAGCCACACAUCGCCCAAACAGGCAGACACAAUCACAGACGGAUAUGUGUGUCACGGAAACUCCGAAGGUGAGGUUCUCUUCUGCGAAAAGCUCAACAUGGCCUGCGGCAACCCACGUAAUCCCAUGCCCCGUGCGAUGUCCCAAUCUGACGACAAACCUUCUCCUGCAGUCUUAUCAGCCAAAUCACCUACCCCAGCCGCCAACGGCAUCGAUUACUUUGCGACCCAGAACGGCGGCCAAUUCGAUCCCACACUGUUCGGAGAAUAUCGCGACACGACAAACGCUAUUGUCGGAGACGGCGACUUCACUGGUGGCUUCUUCAACGACGCUUUUCUCAACACCGGCUACGGCAGUCCUUUCCACUUUGGCGACACUCCCGCUGUGCAGAAGUCGAACCCAUUGGAGGAGAUCGAACAGGCGCAGGACGGUGACGAUGAAGUUGUUCCUGGCGAGGAUCCCAACUCACUUCUCAACUGCCACAAGAUCUGGGAUAAACUAUCAAGUCGUCCAGAUUUCAAAGACGGCACCAUUGACAUUGAUAACCUCUGCUCUGAGCUCCGUGCCAAGGCCCGCUGUUCCGAGAGCGGUGUGGUUGUUGAUCACAAGGACGUCGAGGAAGCGCUCAAGCGCCUGCCCAAGGACAAACUUCUUGGUUGAACGACUGAUACCUUAAAACGCAUUACCUGCACAGGACGGACCAUUGGCGUUUUUUCUUUCUUGGCUUUCCAACUCUCCUUUCUAUACCUUCACUAUGGUGCGGCAGAGUCACUCAUUGAAAGCGAGUGCGAGCGCGGGCUUGGAGCAGCGCGGCACAUUUGGGGGUCCAUCUUGUGACGAUAUUAACGAAGGAAACACUGGCAAAGGGGAUUCAAAUGGCGUUUCAUGUCUGUUCUAGCGAUGAGUGGUAAAAUCGGGGAUUUUGAAUGCUGUAAUUGAAUAUCCAGACGUUUGGCUGCUGAACGUAGCCAAUCAGUACAGCAUUUCUCAGGGUUAUGCUGGAAGACAUGGAUGUACAUGAAAUGUAUAGUGUAGAUGAAUGCCAUGGAUGAUUGAUGUUA